AUGUCUCCUGAUCUCUCCCGAACCUCGAUCUCCCUACAUUCCGAUGCCUCGUCCCACGAGACCGUUGCGCCCCCAAACAUCCCUGUGAUCUCAUCGAAGAACCGAUUCACCACUCUACCUUCACACCGUCGGUCAAACACCGAAUACAUUGCUCGACCCCCUAUAUUCGAAGAAAACCUCGAUCCCAACCGCGAUCGUAUCCGUUCGAACCCCUCCUGGACAGACACGUUCCCCAAGAAGAAGCUUGAAGCAAGAGCAAGGAUACUUUCGGACUGGUUCCAGAGCAGAUCAGAUCCAGACGAUUUGGGAGUCUCCAUGCGCCCUGACAGUCAUCUGGAUUCGAACAAAAUGGAUACGCCUCGUCUCACUACGGCACCCUCACACACACGCAUUAACUCGGUCCCGGGGACGGGCCGGUUCUCCUUUUUUGGUCUGCGGCGGCAGGCCGAGCAGAGAACAAGUCCCCCCGAGCCGGCAGAUGAUGAGUUCCUGAAUCUCGACAUCUCUGCUGCCUUAUCCGUCCCUACUUGUCCAGAUGCCACGGGGGAGCAAUCACUCGAUGCUCUGCGAGAACAAGCUACCAGCAUUCUACAACGAAUGCAAGAUGCCUAUAAACAAAGGACAUUCGUCAUGCACCAGGCUCUGGCUGACCGAAAUGAGAAGCAGGGUGAGCUUGAGGAGACACAUGCUCGUGUGAACCAUUUAAAGAUACAGUUGGACGGCAUGGCCGUUAAGGUGCUAGACCAGGAGAAGGCUAUGCAGGCGAUGGCCGAGGAACUCAAGCAGGGGAGACGUCUGCGACAGAGAGAAGAUUCCCGCAGCCGCGACCGCACCAUGCCUACUAACCCCCAGGAGGACGACAUUCCAUCUCUUGUGCUCCAAACCCCCCACCGAGGCGGCAAGCGUGCAAGCCACGGCACUCUGACUAGCGAUUCCGGCUUUGAGUCCGGGGACGAGAGCGUCACCGACAGUGUCUUCUCGCACCGAGAAGGUGUUGAGUCUCCCACAUCUACGCUGGCGGCGCCGUCGCCCAACCUCUCGCAGGUUGCACUGUCCACGCCAACGGCUGCCCCAACCCCGACACCAACAAUUCAAAAGAAUCUUGUCACUGUCACGAGUUCGCCCACGCCGACGCGACCCUCAACAUACGACCGGGUUAUGAAGGGACUUGCUUCAACCCGCCUGGGUAGUUCUUUUGCUGCGAACUCGGGAAAUUCAAACCAGUGUGGCAAUUGCCAUGGUGUUCCCGCCUCGGAGGCUUGGAGUGUCAUGGGUAUUCUUAAGGAUGAGAAUCGAGGCCUUAAGACGCGCCUAGGAGAGCUGGAACUGGUCAUUGAUGACUGCCUGGGCCUUGUUGGACCUUGA